CCUAGUUUUUAGCUAAUUGGCUGGAGGUGCCUGUUUUCCAUCCACGUGCGUUUGUCUACAUUCUGUGCUGUGCAUGUCAUGGCGACAGGUGACAGUAUCACUGGCCCAAAGAUGACUGCAGUGAUUCCAGCCAAGCGGACUACAGCUCGGGACCACCAGAGGAGAGUAGCCAGUCAAAUUCCAGAUGACAUUUUAAAGAAUGUAGAACUUCAGGAGGCUAUAAAAGUUCUGCCAAGCAACUACAAUUUUGAGAUUCACAAAACUAUAUGGAGAAUCAAACAAACACAAGCAAAACGAGUUGCUCUGCAGAUGCCAGAAGGACUGUUGCUGUUUGCUUGUGCAAUAUCUGACAUCAUCGAAAGAAGUUAUUUUAAAGCUAAGGGUGUUGUGCUUUAA